AUGUCUAAUGAAGAGAAGGCCAUUGGGCUUAUAGCUCAGGCGGAAAAGAAAGUGAAAUCUUCUCAGGGGUUUUUAGGUGGAUUAUUUGGGUAAGUCAUCAUCAGUAAGUGAAAUUGGUAUAUUCUCUGUAAUGAUGAGUUGUUUGAGAUCUUUCCGAGAGUAAUCAGGUUUUAUACCUUUUAAAAACGAAACUUUAUUUUGUCUAUUUUUGCAGGGGCACUUCGAAACUGGAAGAUGCGGCUGAAUUGUACGUUAGUGCAGGAAACAUGUUCAAGAUGGCACAAAAAUGGAGUGGUAGGUAUUUUAAGCCGCUUGCAUAGACUGUCAGCUAGGCUGUGUAGGCUAGGCUGUGUUGUUCAGUACUGUAAUAUGGCUCGCACUACUGAAGGAUCAAAAGUCAGUAAACAUACCAAGUUCCAAAUUCAGUGGCGUGAGUGUUAUUUACAGGGCCUCAAAGACACACUUUUUUGUUCAGCUAUAAAUCAUGACUACAUACAUGCAGAGGCUUGAUACAGGAAGGUCAUGAGGACAUAUCUUCCUUCACAGUACAUGAAAUAGAUAGUUUUAUAUAAGCUUAAAAGUGUGGGAUUCGUUGGCAGAACCCCAAAAUGAACGUGGAUUUCUUGUGUAUUUUAUUUUCAAGCUCAAGAAUUUAAUUGAAAAUUAAGUCAAAAUCAGAGUUGUAACUGAGCUUUUGCUGUUCCUUAUCAUUAUAUUAUGGUUUUUAUUUAUUACAUCUUGAUUGCAGCUGCUGGUAACGCGUUUAUGGAAGCAGCUCAACUACAAAUCACUUUACAGUCCAAACAUGAAGCAGGGCAGCGUUUUGUUGAUGCCGGGAACUGUUUCAAAAAGACUGAUGUUGAAGGUAAUAAGUUUGGGUAUUUCCUCGUUAAACUACAAAGUUGACGUCAUAGCAUAAUGUGCUGCAUCCAAGGAGGCAUUGUAACAGAAGUGAUAGAAGGAUUAACAGGAUUUAUUACUUCUAACAAUUAUUUAUCAAUGGUAAAUUCUUAGGCAACAUUCAACAAACAGUUGUUGACUAAGAAUACUGUUUCUCAUCAAUGAAAACAUGAAACUGAAUUUCCUGAAACUCUGAACAAAUAACUGAGCAUUAAAGUUUUAUUUUAAAAGCACUGUGUAGUGUUAAACUGUCAAGCCUUGAUAUAUUUAAGCUGGGGAUGUUACCUGACCUUGAAUAGACCUUUGUCACUCGGUGACCAUUUUGUCUCAGGAGAUUUGAAAAGCUUUGUUUAUGCACGGCUAGCCUAGUAGAGAGAACGAGGCUAGCCAUGCAUAAACAAAGCUUUUUCGAACUCCUGAGACAAAAUGGCCGUCGUGUGACAAAGGUCUAUAUAGUCAAGCAUCUCCUUUUGGAACCUUUAUGAUACAGGUACCUUUCUAUUGUGACCAAUUCAGUUGCAGGUCCCAUAAAUACCAAACAUUUUACCUUCCCUACUAGUGUCACAUAUACUAAGAUCAAGGGAGCGGGUACAGGGGUUCCAGCGGGCCCCAACUAACUGCACCCAUCAGACCAGAUAAUUUUUUUUGGAAUUUUAAAAGUAAUGGUUUUAUAUUGAAGCUGUAAUUAUUGCUAUCACAGUUUUGACGAUAAAAGUUUAGUAUGUACUUAAUGUUAUGGCAAUACAACUCAAUGAUUGGCUGUAAAUAGUUCCAACAUUAAGCACAAGCUUAAACCCAUCCAAACCGCCCCCUCCCCCACCUGGAGCGGUCCUUGUAUACUUCUAACGAUACCUCCAUGAUGCAAGCAGCUGUCCAUAGUAACUUUUUUUACAAAUUACAAUGGUCCAUUAUUUUUCUUUAAUUGUUGCUUAAUUUCAAUGUCACAUUCUGUCAGCUUAUUUGUUGUUUUUUGGUUUGUAGAGGCUGUGAGGGCUUUUGAAAUGGCCAUCAACAUUUACACAGACAUGGUAUGAAAGUAGACUAAUUGACACAGCUAGAAGCUUUACUUAAACCUGAACCUUGAAUGACAUCAUCACCAAUUUAUACUAAACUGUACAUUACAAAACCAAGACUAGUAAUAUUGAUACUAAACAACAGUACUGAAGUACAGUUUCAUAAUCAGUACAAAAGAAAACUUGUGAAAGGUGGAUGGGUGGGGCAGGAUGGCAUUGGUGGAUUGCAGCAAACCAAGAAAUAAAAAAACUGAAUCUUGAGCAAGCUACUGUAUGUGACCAGAACACACUGUAACCUAUGUGUCCCAGCUGUGUGUGAGAAAAAUCAAAUCCUCAGCCUCCUCCUGCAAGGGGCCUAUUACUUUAAAAAUUUGCAUUUGCAAAAUUUGCAAAGAAAAGCCAUUGCAAAACAAUUGUAGCUCAUGAAAUCCAUUUUAUUUAUUAGUUGAUCUGGAAGGGGCAGCCAUGGAUCCAGCUCAUUGUUGAAUAGUAGUUCUAAUAAUUUAUGAUUUAAUUUAUUAUUUACAAAUCCCCCCCUUAAGAAUAUAGGUUUGUUGCAUAUGGAAGAUCUCUGGAGGACUGUAAAUGUUUUUAUCUUAUCCACAAUAAAUUAUUUAACUUUUGUUUUCCUAUAAAACCCAAGUUUUGAAGCCUGACUUAUCACUUUAAAAGCCUUUUGUCCAUAUCAAAAUUGUUAAAAAUACCUUAAAAAUACUUGUUGUUUUUUAGGGCCGAUUCACCAUGGCUGCUAAACACCACAUAACUGUAGCCGAGAUUCAUGAGGGAAAUUCUUCUGAUCUUGAAAAGGUGAGAAAUCAUUAACAAGGGUUGCAAGAGACAAUGAGUUUAAAGUGAUAAAUACUAGUCUUGGUGGAAGGCUUUCCACCUGGGCAUAUAACAUCCUCCUUGAUCCUCCAUUAUUCUUCAGAUCAUACUCUGCUUUAUCCAGUAAUUGCUAAGUAAUCCGCUAGAAAUACAUUACUAAAUUAACACCAAAAAGGGACUUACACUGUAUUUUGGUUAUCUAAAACACAUGCUUUUUUCCUUCAGGCAAUAUUUCAUUAUGAGCAAGCUGCUCAGUAUUACAGAGGAGAAGAAUCAAAUAGGUACGUAGAUCAAAUUUAAUUUCCACUUAAUUCAGAUUUACUUAGAAGAAAUUAUAUCAUUCAUUAUUAGCUCUCACUGGUGCCUUAGUAAUGUCUGUGUUAAACACCAUACUUUUAAUGUGCUUGGGUUAUCUACAGUACAGCUCAGAGAUAAGCGACCAAUGGACAUGCAAAACACAUGCAUGUUUUUUGCAUUAACGCGAAAUCGUUAACUAGUUUGAAACUGUGUUUUUGAAACUAGCUUUCCCUGUCACUUUCCCAAGGAAACACCAGUGUGCAAUCAUGCCCUCCCUAUGUCUCUAUUAUGCCUUUCAUCGGAAGCGGGGUAUGGUACACAUAAAAAGGCCAGAAUCUAGAGUUCCUUCUGUUUGGUCCAGACACAAUUCAUCUGACACAGUUUUGUUCUGAUUGGCUGAAGAUUAGGUUUGAUGUCCCACAAGAGUACAAUGCUUGUAAUUCCCAUAGUUAAAGUACUCUCCCUGGCUUAAAUUUUUUUUAAAAUUUUAAGGCCAAUAAUAACAUGGAACAGGAAGUGAAACUCCACCUGAUAUUACUCCAUCACAGAAAUACGUUUGUGCUAGUUUUUCAAAGAAGUGACAACUGAACAUAGCCAUUGUUUUCCCUAAGUACAAAAAUAUUUGGUAGCAGACGUUUUUUGGGCGUUGUGCAAUUUGAGUCCUGAUUGUGACAGGUCAACCAGAUGUUAAUUCUUUUUAAGUAGGGGGGGGGUGGUGCCUCAUGAAGAAAAAUAAAAUGCAUCAGGUGUUUUUUCCACCUCUCUUCUCAACAAACAAAACACACCUGACCACAGGUUAAGCAAACACCAUCAAACCUUUCCUUUUCUGAAGACCGUCAUGAUUGAUCCAUGAUACUGUUCAUGCUGCUGAUCAGGAGUUGUUCACAGUUUUCCACCCAAUAAGUUAUUGCAAUGUUUUACGUUGUGUUUCAUUCAUAACAUUAUUAACCAAACUUAUUGUAUUUUUUAUCGUCAUCUGGUCGUGACGCUAUUGCUCUUUCUACCUGCAGUUCUGCAAACAAGUGCCUUUUGAAAGUAGCUAUGUACUCAGCCCAGAUGGAAGAGUAUGCUAAGGCUCUAGAGAUAUAUGAACAGGUUUGUUUGUGUUUUUGAAAACAAGAAGAGGGAGUUUGAGAUCUGAUGAUAGUGAUGGCAGCCAUAAUAAUGCUCAAAAAGUGAAUUCUCAUCCUUUUAAUCUCUAUCACAAUAUUUUCCUAACUUGCUUAUUUUUUCAAAUGCAAGCAAACUCUUUUGGAGUUGAUUCCCUAAUUACCAUAUUUAAGUUCAAAAAGAGAAAGAAAAUUUCAUAUUUCACUUGUUCAUGUCCUCAUUAAAAUGUGAAUCCUGGCAUUUUUAAGUCACAGCCGGGCGGUUGCAAGCUAAAAACUUACAAAUAGCCUGCUGUGUGUGUAGGGUUGUUAUUUUUUUCAAUUCAACCUAUUGCAUUUUUGAAGUUCUCGUUGCCGUCACCAUCAUGCCAUCUGAUACUCCCUAAUAUCCCCCCCCUCACACAAAUCUCUUUAAACAUGAUCACACAUUGGUAAAAUUUUGCAGAUGACUUACAGAUCAAAUAAAUAUGCUACACAAUGAGUUAUUCCAAGUAUUUAUGGGCUGAAAUACAAUACCCUUGACUCUCUGUAGCGCAAGUAUAGAGUUUUUAUUGGAGGUUGCAAUGCUUUCUUUACAUAAUUACAAUGAACUAGCAAAUCUGAUUGGAAAAGGAUUUUGGCUGACUAUAGCUUUUUCAAAAUUGUUCACAAGUCACUGGCUCUAUGUUUGUAUUAUUGUCCAGCAAAGAACAAUAUUAUUCCUAGCAUAUUGCAGGCUUUUGACCUACUGUAUAAUGGCAUCUUCAAAUUGAACACAUUUUGCUGCAGCGAUCUUUACUUUGUUCAUAGAAAGGGCCUUUUAUUAUUUUCAAUUGCCUUAAAAGUACAAGUGCAAUGUUGUGUGUGUAAACGACCUAUCUCCAGUUGUUCAAAAUUUGGAUAACACCGUCCAUCGGAUAAAUCACUAUCCAGUGGAUAACACAAUAAUAGGGAGCUUAAGCAGCUACGUUUUUGAGCGACGCACGUCAACCGGAAGUGAGGUAUUUUCCCUCUUAACAUGCCUUGAUGAUAUAAAAUUUGUAUUCCUUAGCUUCUUUACUGUUAUAGAGGCAAUUUGACUAAAAAUUUGCGCGAAAAAAAAAUGAAAAAAGGCCACUUCUGGUUGACGUGCGUCGCUCAAAAACGUUGAUGCUUAAGCUCCCUAAUGUUGGUUUGCCUAACACUCGUCCACUGGAUAUCCAGUGACUGAACAACUGAGGGCUGGUCAUAGAUGAAUAAAAUCAUUAUUUUGGCCAUCAAAACUAACCGGAUGGUGUCAUUUAAAACCUCCAGGUUGCUGCUGAUGCUAUUGAGAGUUCAUUACUAAAGUACAGUGCUAAAGAGUAUUUCUUCAAAGCAGCCCUCUGCCACAUGUGCAUUGAUAUCGUUGAGGCCCAGAGAGCAGUUGAUAAGUACUGCGAUAUGUACCCAGCAUUCCAAGACACCAGGGAAUGUAAACUUCUUAGGGUAAGUAUUAAGUAUGCACAAGCUGUUUGCAUUCAUACAACUGGCAUGGUCUGCCAUUUGCACAUGGUUAGCUUGUUGUGCAGAUUUAAUUUAACCUCGGUUAGUAACACCAAAAUCCAUGUUCUGGGCCCCAACGGACUCCACGAAUUACCAGAAGCGCAUUUCAAAUUUCCUUUGGUCUUGAUUGGAAAAAUGACAGUGGCAUUUUCAGCAGGCCAAUCAUGGUGCAUUAUCUAAUCCUGGUACACAGGUGAUGACCCAGAACAAGGAUUUUGGGGGUGUUUUGCAGAUGGACUUAACCAGAGUUUAGUUUGGUCUGUGACACUGGCUAGUACAUGGUCAUUUGAGCCACGUGAAGAUCUAUUUUUGCAAGGCAAAGUCACCGCCAAUACCUUGUUCUGUGGUUACUGUGCUUAUUACAUCCCAGUGGGGUAGGGGAGGGUGGUUUUGAAGGAGGUAUUUAUUUUUAAAGAAUCUCCAGUUUUUGGUGUGGUCAAGAGUAGAAUGAGUGAACUCACUGUAUCGGAUGAUCAGGAAUCAUUUCCUUAGUCUUUCUUUUGUGUCAGCAUGGUAGCUCAGCAAUAAGAGAAAGGAGGGGUAUAUUUUUUAAAUUUCUAUUGCGAAAGGGAGGCGAUAGAUUUUUAGAGCUGCUGAAAGUGAAAGUGGAAAGCUUUAUUCAAACAUGUGACAUUGAUGAACCUAAAAAGGACUCGUUACAAAAAGGUACAUGUGGUUUGGUCUUGCUGAGGGGAUUGAAUCGCUGCAUCCCACUCUCCAGACCAGCCCUUUUCCAAUAUUGAGCUAACCCUAAUGCUGAUACUCCUUAAAUAAGAUAACUUCAAUCUAGAAUUUUUUAUUAUACAGCCAUUAAGAGGUUAGCAUGUGGUAUAUUUCUCACAGAAUACCUGCUCCGCUAUUUUUUUCAGACUCUUCUUGAAGCUAAAGAAGAAGAGAAUGUGGAAUCUUUUACAGAAGCUGUAAGUACUCUUUCACUGAAAGGAAAAUCUCUUUACAAAAAGAAUAGAUGAUAACUGUAAAUAUAUAAUCUAUAAUAUAUAAUAAUAUAUAAUCUAUAAUAUAUAAUAUAUAUAAAUAUAUAAUCGCAAUUAGAGAGCACAAAAUUAUUUGUAUAAGCCACUUAUAAAAAAUUCCCGGGAUAUAUAUGUACCAUUAAACCAUUUUUUGGUGCUUUGAACAGGCCCAAAAUCAUUUUAGCUUUUCACUCUGACGAAGGGAGGGCUAGUGCUUAAAUCAUCAGCUCUUAGAGGAGCUGUGCCACAAACUUAAACUAAACUUAACCCUUUAAGUCCCAAUGGCGACCAACAUCAAUAAUUAUCUCCUAACGAUAUCCAUUCACUGUCAAGUUAUACGGUUGUGAGAAUUGAUAAAAUGAUCACCAAAGUGAGAAUGCACUGAUCUUUUAUGAAAUUCUCUCAACACAUUCUUUAAAGAACUGUAUGGAGGUCAGUUUGGAGAAUUUGUAUGUGGAUAUUGGGGCUUAAAGGGUUAAUCCGUAGGAACUGCCUCCAAAUUGAGUGAAACAGAAAAAUAAACUAGUCUAAACAUGAAAAGAAGGUAUAAAUAACAAGUCGAAUACAAAAAUGACAUGGGUGGACAAAGCCGGAAAACGAAUUUCAAUUGUGGGUUUUGAAAAGUUGUUAGCCCAACACUUUGUGCAAGUUUUUUACUUUUUUGUUACUUUUGAUUUAAUACUGGGAAGGCAUAUUUGUUGGACAAGAAGCUGUGAUUUUAACAUCAAUCAUAACUAUAACAAAAUUCUCAAAUCUGAUUGGCUAUUGGCUAUCAAUUGUCCUGAUUUAUAAUUUAUGACUCGUGAUUUCAACAAAUCGAAGUAACGCUACGCGGUAGUCCGAUUUUGUUAAUCAGUCGUAUGAUUGCAGACCGAAUUGGACUCCACUCAGUCCUUUUACCAUUAUUUACAUUUGUCAAGUACUUUCUUCGCAAGUGUUCGAUUCCCUAUUGCAUAAGGACAAGUACACUGUAGUUGGCAAUAUUGACAAAAUGAACUAGACAGCCGACGGUGACAGUACAGCGCCUUUAAAUCAUUUACGUUGGGGAAUUAACUUUAUCAAAUUGGAUACCAAUAUCCCGCCGAGCCAAUAUCAUGCACAAGGGAUUCGAAGACGGAGAAAGAGCGCGAAGCGUGAGAAAAAAGGAAGGAACUUACGUCUAUUUUCUCCUUUCCCCACCUAACCCCGUUGCGUUUGCGGUCAAUGAAUCCCCCCGGUUUUUAUUUUCUUACGCGCGCUGAACGAUCUCUAAGGAGAAAAUCAAGAUAGAGGAACUGUGAACAGACUAGGGAAUUCGCUAUUAUUAUGGAACGUUAAGAUACUGUCAGUGAGAUACAUUAUCGUUACGAAUUUUUGUCCAUGAUUGUAGCAUACUACCUUUCUCUGUUUUAAUCAGUUCAGGGGGUAUAUUCAUUUCAUGUUAUACCAUGUCAGUGCGACAAUCUUUUCACACACUGUUUCCUUUUGAUUCCAGGUUAAGGAAUAUGACUCGAUUUCUAGACUGGACCAGUGGUUGACCACUAUCCUCUUACGGAUCAAGAAAGGAAUGAACGAGGAACCUGACUUGACAUAAGCAACUGCGCUGUAAACUGAAAUAAUGCUAUGUUUUAUGUCUCUAGUUUUUCGAUAAGUUCUAGUCUAUGUCAAGGAAAAUGUUAUUAUAACGACGCAAGAACUUGUGUUGAACCUCUUUCUCUAUGAUGGGAAUAAUAAUGGAGUGUUUCCAAUUGAACAGUCAAGAAAAUACUUCACAGAAUCCAUUUUACGGGGUCACUGAACGGCUCACACAAUUGGCUGUGAAAACAGUAGGAUAACCACACAAACAAUAACCCAAACCCUCAACACAGAAGGCAAUUUUAUUUUAGACGACCACUUAAAUUAGAGGUUCUGUUGAGUUACUGGACUACUCAUUUUACGACCAAUACAGUCAACUCUCUCGCAAGAGAUACCUAGGGUUGGUCCUAGCCUGCGUUGCAGACACUCUAAACCGCUGGUCUAGACGAUGUGUGAGCCGGCUGUAACGCAGGCACAAUUGGUCCCUGUUGUCGUCGACCAGGGAGCUUUAGCAUCGAAGACGGGAACGGCAGCAAAAACGUAGAAUUCGCGUUUUUUUAAACUUUAUCGCGUGUGGGACCGCACUCAAGUUUAGAAAGAGAAAGAAAAAUUCGUUGUCGCUUGUUUAUGUCCUCCAUAAACUUAAAAUUAGGUACUCUCACGUCGCAGUCGUGCAGUGACGGCAAAGAAAUGAACGAAAAAGCAAGUUGCACUUGCAGAGUUGUUGUUUUGCUCAGCAAACCUUUUGCUUUUUUCUAGUGACAUCCUCGUCACCGUCACCGUCGUCGUUGAUAAAGCUCCCUCUUAAGGCGGAUACCUCCCAAAGACGGGUGGACGGUCGCAGGGUGUACGUCUUUGAGAGACUUGAUUUUAAAGAACAAGAACGUUGCUAUAACAAUUACUUAAGGUAAUAUUUUAGGCGCUUUCCACGUACGAGUCGUCAAACCUACGCGACGAGACCGCAAGGUCAUGUGAGUAGAUGCGAAUUCUUCAUUAUCCUGAGUAUGUGUCAUGCUUUUCUGGAAGUAAACGAACCUAUUAAUUAUUUUAGCAGUUAGAUAUAGUACUAACAUGGUAUACCAACAAAAGUGGUACUUGACCCGUAGCUGUCACGAUUGACCAGUCUACGAUCAGUUCCGUUCAGAUGCGUUUUGCGACCGUAGUUUUAAUUAUUCCAGCUUCAAUUUACAUGUAAGACAA